UGCGUCACCUCCACAAAGCUUGAUGGCCAUGGGCCUGACAUUUAACGAGGGAGUUCCUCGUGACUUGAGCAGAUCAGUGCCGAAGGCGCAGAAAGGCGCGCAGCUCCUGGUUGGCAUCUGGCAGAGGGUUGGCAGAGCCGCACAGCAAGGCAACUCCGCUUGGACGUGCAGCUUGUGAAGGUAGAUUGUUGCAGACCAGGAGGUCACGCCCCUGCACGCCUGGUCGGGCUGUGUUGCUGAAGUGGCCAUCCGGUUCCGAGUCAUAUCAAUCUUGUUUUGCGGUCCGUUCCGAAAUUUGCAAGAUGGGGCAGAACAUGUCCUUGGAAGAAAAGGUGUAUGUGUGCACCACCAAGGGGGACAUUGCUAACCUUCGCAAGUUGAGAAGCAACGGCGCAGGACUGGAGUGGACGGAUCCUAAGGGUCGCACUUCACUGAUGUAUGCAUGCAAUCAUGCGGAGCUUUAUGAAACAGCGAAGACCUUGUUGGAGCUGGGAGCAGAGAAAAAUGCGUUCCGGCCACGUGAGGGUGGAGGGACGCCGCUACAUCAUGCCGCCAGGCAAGGGCAGGAGCGGAUUGCUGCUCUGCUGCUUUCAUACAAUGCGAAUCCUUUCGUCGUGAACGAUGAGAAUGAGACGGCACAUGACAUUGCAAGGCGAUCUGGCUAUGUUGGGGUGGUUCGUGCCAUUGAGCAAAAGAUCUCCUUGUUUGCGGCACCCAUGAGGGAGCAGACGGGAAGCGCCCCAGGGUUUCUGGAGAAGUUUGUGUCGCAGUUCAUCUUCACAAACGUGUAUGUGGUGGUGAUCCCCAGCCGGCCUGAUAUGAACAAGCCUCCAACGUUCAUCCUCAUGGUGUACCCCUCUGAUAGGGUGGCGUCUCCCAAAUACCGGGUAAUGAUCGAGUACGCCCAGCUGACGGUGAAGAAGCCUGAUACUCCGGAUGCGGUACUAGAAGUUACUGACACGAAAACAAAAACCAAGUUCAAGCUGCUGGAGGGGCCCGACGACAGGGGUCAGGUUGUGCGCCUGUACAACGCUUGCAAAGGGCUCGUGCCGGUCGGCGCCCCGGGCACUCCACCGGCUCCUAUGAGCGCACCGUUCCCGCCUAUCCCUGCCAACUACCUUCCUCAAGGGGCGUCAGGAUCUGCGGCCCCGCCUGCUAGUCGGCCAACGAGUUCUGGGACUCCGCCAUCUCAGCGUCCUGACGGGAAGGUCGCAGCCUCGGAGGACGAAGCGCUCGCAAUGGCGAUAGCCGCAUCCCUUGAGACGGCCAAGCAGGAGCCGGGGGCUGCCGCAUCGCAUGACAAGUACAACGGCUGGGCGGACCAGGAGAGUUCCCAGUAUGGCGGCUGGGGCGGUUCCGCAGCUUCCGCACGCCCGAGAACGCCCCCCGCUGCGAACCACCCCCCAACCGCCGCAGGCCCUGCUGCCGGCGCGGCUGCCGCUUACAUGCCCGCCCCGUUGCCAUCGCGCGCCCCGACAGGGCCCAAGGCGGUCACUGCGAACUUGCCUGGGGCAGCGGCGUCGGCACUGCCAGCUGUUCCGGGGCGCCAGCCGAAGCCCCCCGGGUCGGAGUACGGAGGCUGGGCCGUGGUGGAGGAGGGGCCCGGGGGCUGGGGAGAGGGACGAGUUGCGUCCACCCCUUCAGCGCCCCCGGCAGCCUCAGCCUCGGCGCCCCCCCUCCCGUCAUCGGAAGGCGGCGUCAGUUACGACUACCGCCCAGGAGGCUCCUCCGACGCCCACCAACGGGCGGCCCAGUACGACUACCGCCCCUCCGCAGGUGGGUCUUCCACCCCCGGGGCAGGUUACGCUGUGGUCGGGGACACAGCCUCGGGCACUUCUGAGGGAGCCGGUGCGAGCUAUAAUUAUCAACCGGAGGCUCGUACUGGGCGCCCGCAAGGGGCCACGUACGAUUACCACCCUGGGGCACACGCCGAGGGCGGGGCUGGCAGGAUUGCGUACCCGAGCAUCGACCAGUCGCCUGUGACGUAUCCGACCAUCUCGGCAGAGGAUCUGAGGAAACCCAACUUGGGCGGAGCAGGUGCAUCGAGUUUGAAGAGAGCUGGUGAACCCCAAUGCGCAGUCUGUAUGGAUCAGCCUGCGGAAGCAGUAUGCAUCCCUUGUGGACAUGUUGCAGGCUGCAUGGAUUGCUUGACGGAGAUUAAGAGGAAGGGGAUGGGGUGUCCGAUUUGCAGGACGCCCAUCAAAGAUGUCGUGAAAAUAUUUCUGCCCAACUAGCACGGGCCACUUAGCUUUCUUGGAAAGUCUACAUCAAUGGCAAAAGCGUGGAUAUGCAGUCUUUCCUCCACCUACUAAGGUACUUGGCCGGUUUGCACCUGUAGUGUAGGGACUGAAACAGACGUCGUUUACAUUGAUCCGGUGUUUGUCCCUUGUGAUGUGAUGUUGAAAGCUUAGGACAAGCUAAGAGAACCUGGAAAGCUGGUAGUUGCAAAUUGAUAAAAUAGUUCAUUUCUACUUGAGCUUAGGCACUUAGCCUCCCGUCGGGCCUGUAACUCAUGGGUGAUCCUGUAUCGUUUGGUUUACAUAAAACAUUUUGUUUAGCUAGCCUGAUCGAGUGCGAUCAUGGUUCAAUCUAAAAAACUCUCUAUCUGUAAUUGCGAUCAUGCAUUUGUCAAGAUCUAUACGACCAUAUAUGGAUAGUCGUUCCCGUUCAGACAAGGUCACUAGGCAC